GCAACAACACUGCACUGCUACCUCUCUUGUGUAAGCACAGCGGAUAACUUCAUAUCGAUUUUCUUGUAGGAAAACAAACAUCCCUGUUUUUAACCGAGCACAGACUGGACACCGGUCUCUUUUCUCUUUGACGACACACCGGAGACAACAUGGUGGUCGGAUUCCGCUCUCCGGUAAUCCCGUUGCUGGCCUUGGCCGCCGUGCUGGGCUCGGUACUCGGGCUCGGUGAGGACAUCGACCGGCCUCUCUUCGGGCCUCCGGGCUCUCCUAUCCGGCUGAGGGAGUCUGACCCCGGCCUGAUGAAGGCUCUGGAUUUCGCCGAGGAGCGCUACAACCGCGGCUCCAACGCCAUGCACCUCCGCAAAGUCAGCCGGCUCAUCUCUGCCACCAAACAGCUGGUAAAGGGUAUCCGCUACACCAUAACAGUGGAACUGAGCAACACUCAGUGUAAGAAAUCUGCCAUGCUCAGGACAUGUGACUUCUAUCCCGAGACACAGAAACUCAAGACGGAGGUGUGUGUGUUCGAAGUGUGGGACAUCCCCUGGCAGGGCACUUCGACUUUGCUCAAACAGAAGUGCCAGCCUAAAGUUGAACCUCAACAAGAAGAGACCAACAAGGUCUUUGAUGCAUCGACCAGCCAGCCUCUGGAGGAGUCUGUGGAGCUGUUGGGACAGUUUAAAGAGUUCAUGGUGAAAUACAACAAGGCCUACAGCAGCCAGGAGGAGGCAGAUCAUCGUCUGCGCAUCUUCCACGAGAACCUGAAGAUAGCGGAGAAGCUCCAGUCUUUGGAUCAAGGGUCAGCUGAGUAUGGAGUCACCAAGUUCAGCGACCUAACUGAGGAAGAGUUUCGCUCCACGUACCUGAACCCUCUGCUGAGCCAAUGGACUCUUCAUCAACCAAUGAAACCAGCAGCUCCUGCCAAAGGCCCCGCCCCUGCCAGCUGGGAUUGGCGGGAUCAUGGAGCUGUCAGUUCCGUUAAGGACCAGGGUAUGUGUGGAUCCUGCUGGGCAUUUUCUGUGACAGGCAACAUUGAAGGCCAGUGGUUCCUGAAAAAUGGGUCGCUGCUGUCCCUCUCUGAACAAGAGCUGGUUGACUGUGAUGGGCUGGACCAGGCCUGCAGAGGAGGGCUGCCGUCAAACGCUUAUGAAGCUAUUGAGAAACUGGGUGGUCUUGAGACAGAAACUGAUUACUCCUACACCGGGAAAAAGAACAAAUGCGACUUCACCACCAGGAAGGUGGCCGCCUACAUCAACAGCUCUGUGGAACUGUCCAAAGAUGAGAAGGAAAUUGCAGCCUGGCUGGCUGAGAAUGGACCAAUCUCUGUCGCACUGAAUGCCUUUGCCAUGCAGUUCUAUAGGAAGGGUGUGUCUCACCCUCUGAAGAUCUUCUGCAACCCCUGGAUGAUCGACCACGCUGUGCUGAUGGUCGGAUAUGGAGAACGUAAAGGUGUCCCAUUCUGGGCCAUCAAAAACAGCUGGGGAGAGGAUUAUGGAGAGCAGGGUUACUACUACCUGUACAGGGGGUCCAAUGCUUGUGGGAUCAACAAGAUGUGCUCAUCUGCUGUAGUCAACUAAAGCACUAAUACCCCAUAUUCACACGUACACACACAUACCAUCAUACUACAUGUACUACAGUUGCCAGCUGGCCCCCCUUUACACUACACACACACACACGCACACACACACACACACACACAUUUGAUCCAGAAUGCACGAGGAUCACAAUCAGACACACAUAAAGCCCGAAUAAUGUUACUUUUCCAUUAAACCAGACUAGUGUUCCACCUUCAUACCUCACACCAUGUGUCAGUUUACUAAUAAUAUACCAGCUCUAAUAAAGCUAGCUUUGCUGAGGAAUUUUAUAGAAUUUUUUAAGUACAUUUUAUGUCUGCAUUUCAUUCCGUUAGUCCGUCAGGUCAUAUGAUUGCUGUGUUUUAGACAGUGGUGGUUUUAACUCAUCUUUCCUCACAGUAACUGAGCCCUGGUUUGAUAAAGAGAGUGCACUAGUCGUAGUUAGACUUCUGUCUUGUGAGUUUUCCUGGAUGUUUUGUCACGAGUGUUGAUGCUAAUGCUGUGUAGGGUUUUCCCUGAUACUGAUCUGCACAUUACUACAUAACUGCUAUGUAAUUGUAAAAACUGCUGUAAGACAGAAAGAAAUGAAUGAAGGUUGAAUAAAAAAGUGUGGAAUCCUA